GCAGCCCUCUCUCGCUGUACACUCAACAUGGCGGGCGGAAGGAGGCGCAGCGUGAUUUUCUAGUCAAAACAAGUGUUGACAAUCGUUCUUUUGUAUGGAUGCUUAGACCGUCGUUGUUGUGCGGCACCAGGGGCGGUGCUCGUUAAAUAUAUUUGACGUUUUAUCAGCGCGGCUCAGCUUUCCGGGUGGGGGACUCGAUCCCGCAUGGUCAGGUCCGAGCGUCGUUGACUCGGUACGCGGACUACCAGCUUUCGCCACCAAAAGGGACGCGUGAGAUCCACGACUGUGCAGCCGCACAGCCGACGUGAAAAGACACACAUGAGGGAACGCCUGAGAAGAUAAUGGUGAAGGAAACGGCAGCGGAAGACGUCGAUGACCCUGAGCGAGGCCGAGAGGCGGCGCCCAAGCCCUCCUUCGAUUUAACGCCCAGCUCAAAAGGUCGGCAACGCAAAAUAAACUCAAGAUAUUUCGACUAUGACACCGGCGACGCGAACGAGGACCCGGGGGAUGACGACGUGCCGGCGAGGAAAGUCGUGGCGCCGACUUCCGGGAAGACGACUGGGAAGCGAGGACGUCCGAGAAAGGUGCCGCUGGCCAGCACGGACACCUCGCACCAAACACCUGACGCGCUUAACGGGGACACCUCGUCCCAAACGAACGCCGGUGUCACGGACUGUGACACCAGCGACGCAAACGAGCAACCGAAGGACGCGGCGGCGAGGGAGCCCGCGACAAAGGCGGCGGCUGCGGCCACUCCCGUGAAGACUCCCGGCAAGCGAGGACGUCCGAGAAAGGUCCCGCUGGCGAGCGGGGAUGACUUUAAAACACCUCAAGCCCUCAACGGGGACAUCUCACCCCAAACGAACGCUUCCCCCUCUCCCUGCACGGAGAACGGGACCCCCAAGCCGAAGAGGAAGUACGUGAAAAAACAGUUCUUUCAUAUGGAGCCUGUCACACCGCGUGAGAAAAGUCCAGAAGAAUCUCAGGAGUUGCAACAGGGAGGCCGCCCAAGGAGGAGCGCCGCUAAAAUGGCGAUGAAGUUCCUCCACGCGAUGGCGCAAGAGGAAGUCAGCCGUCCCUCUGAAGGUCCGGAAGCCGCCGGUGGCGUCAUCGCCAAACCGGCGGCGGAAACCACGGCGGAAAGCAGUUCCCAAGCGAAAAAAGGCCGCAGAGGCCGAAAGAGAAAAAGCUCCGAUGGCGACGCCGCAGAGGACGAGGACUUCGUUCCCAAUGUGGGAACAUCCGAGACGGAGGAGGAGGAGGAGGGGGAAGAAGAGGAGGAGGAGGAGGAGGAGGGGGAAGAUGAUCAGGAGGUGGCCGACUCAGAUUCGCACGACGAAAGCAGUGUCCCUCGAAAUGCCAGACUCACCAACCUCCCACUUGUAGAGAUCGUCAACAAUCACAAGACAUUCCGUGACGAGCAACUCUGCGGCUGGGUGUUCCCGGAGUGGCUGCCCUCCGCCGGCGUCUGGCAUCGAGUGCCCCCGAGUGAGCUUGAGACCUAUCUACCUCAGGAAUGUCUCUCGGCUGCUUUCAAAGUGUCCAGGGACGGUUGUGGCGAGGAGCGGCCUCUCCAGAGACUCAACAGGUUCGAGUCCCUACCUGCCCAUCCGGAGCGCUGGGACAUGCAGCUGUACACCGGCGGGCCGGUGUGGGCGAUGGAGUGGUGCCCGACCCCUGACAACGCGGUGGCCUCGCAGUACCUGGCCUUGGCCUGCCGAAGGGACAUGCAGGAGGAGCACUACUUCCACAAAACCUACUCUGGACCAGGACUGGUUCAACUCUGGGACGUGGGCACAUUGGACUACGACACCACCCCGAGCUCGAAGCCUGCCCUGGCGUACGGCCUGGCCCUGGACCGAGGUUUCAUCUGCCACCUCAAGUGGUGUCCGUCGGGAGGAUGGGAGUCGCCCGCCACCCAGAAAGAGGCUCCUUUGCUGCCCAGACUCGGCCUCCUGGCCGUCGCCACCUCCGCGGGUGCGGUCACCAUCUACAGUCUGCCCCAUCCUGAUGCCCUGCGUGCCAGCCAAGACCACCAAGACUCCGCUGGUACCGACCAGCCAACCGUCAUUUACAAGCCCAAUCCGGUGGUCACCCUGAAGCCGGGCUCCUUAAAGGCUCUUCGCCUGGAGCGCAGCGGUCAGGUCCUGUCCAUGGACUGGCUUCCCAUCAAACCACACGACGUCAUCGCCGUCGGCUUCUAUGACGGGAUGGUCGGUCUGUGGGACCUGAACACCAAAUCGGCGUUGUUGCGCCUCCAAGAGUCACAUGACUAUCCCAGCUUGCUGCCGUACAAAUGCUUCCUUGCUCACGGGCAGGGCGUGCGAGCGCUCGCGUUCUGUGCCAGCAGCAGACAUCUUGUGGCAACGGCGGGGGAGGACCGCUUCGUGAAGACGUGGGAUCUGCGCAGGCUCUACGGGCCAAUCACAGUGCAGAAACGCUCCCUGAUCAAUGAGAUCUGCUGGCCCACCAAUGCACCAGGACUCCUUUUUUCCCAGGACAGCGCUUUUGCAGCAUGCGGUACAAAUGGAGUCCAUUACUUUGACCACCAAAUGAAAUCAUACUUUGCCGUGCCCAGGACGACCACCAUAUGGUCCAUCUCUUACUCCGACUGGCUGAACGCUUUGGCGACGUCGGACGUGAUCGGCGAGGUCAUCCUCUCCGCGCUGCCUUCCUUGUCUGCUAACACUCAGCACAUCAAAAAGACCAUCAAGAAGAGAUUUCCCGUCUACUUCACGUCUAUGGAGCGUCACGCCGCCGCAGAGGUCAAAGAGCAGGAACAGGAAGUGUGUCAGGAGGAGCUGAAGGAGAAGAAUGACGGAGAAGACGGAGGAGGCGGCGGCAGCGGCGAGAAGGCUGACGUCCACCCGCCAGCCUUUGACACGUACAAAGAGACAGAGAGGAAGUACUACCUUCACCACAGCGACAACAACAUGGAGUUGUUCAUUAAAAGGGGGCGCAUGUGGAAGAAAAUGAGAGACACGGAGUUUCGCACUCGGCUCAACAUGGACGAGAUGGCUUUGGCCUCAGUGCACAAGGUGCGCCUGAGUCCGAACCUGAGCUCUCACACGUGGAUGGCGUCGGGGGGUCAGGCCGGCCUGGUGCGCCUCAACUGCGUCAAGGGCCUGAACAAAACAGACGUGCAGGACGUCGUCAGCCGGGCCCGCGUCGCCGCCACCGAGGUCCCCGCGAACCCCGCUGUCCAGGUUCCCCCCCAGGACGCUCCCCAGGAAACCCCCUGCGACGCUCCUCUCUGACCGCUUCGAGGAGUUUUCAUCCGAAAACCGCAAGUUGAACAUUUUAAAUUUUUUUGGUUGACGUCUGCAGCCAGAAGAUGACUCGAGCGCGGCUUUACUUUGCCGCCGUUGUUGCAUAUUUUUUAACUUCAUCCUGACGAGCGUCACGCUCACACUUUUAAAAUCUUGUUUACAGUCAGGAGCGAGUCUUUACAGUACAAGUUGUACGUGACCGUAAGCAUUGAAAUCAAAGAGUAAGUAUCAGGUUCUUAGACCAUGUACAGCAGGGCUGUCAAACUCAUUUUUGUCACGGGCCACAUCGCAGUCACGGUUUCCCUCAGAGGAACCCGAAAAAUCUUUAAUCGGCACAUGAAAUUUCUGAACUACUUUGGGAAUCCCAAAUCAAGGGUCAUGGGUUUUUGAAGUAACGCAAAAACGCUUGCGUUAUCUCAACGUUAUCAUUUACGAUGACGUUUGAAAUUUUGGUAGAUUUUAACAAAACUCACAGAAGUCGACACACAUGCUUUGCUUUCGCGGGCCACAUAAAAUCACGUGGUGGGCCGGGUCUGGCCCCCAGGCCUUGAGUUUGACACCUGGGAUGUACAGAAUGUAUAUAGUCAAAUGCUUUUUCUUCUUACAGAGAACGUAUUGUAAAUAUUGUUUUUUUUUUUUUUGUAAUUGAAUGUUUUGAUAAUAAAACACAACAUUGUGGCUUAUGUAGUUUGGUGUCAU